CUGGCGGGCGGGAGCCAGGCCGGCCAUGGCGGAGGUCCCCGGGGCGCAGCGCCCGGCUCCCGGCGGCGGCCCGGAGCCCCGGGACCCCCUGGACUGCUGGGCUUGCGCGGUGCUGGUCACGGCCCAGAAUCUGCUGGUGGCCGCCUUCAACCUCCUGUUGCUGGCGCUGGUGCUGGGGACCAUCCUGCUGCCCGCCGUCACCAUGCUAGGUUUCGGCUUUCUCUGCCACUCCCAGUUCCUGCGCUCCCAGGCGCCCCCCUGCACCGCGCACCUGCGGGACCCGGGCUUCACGGCCCUGCUGGUCACUGGAUUCCUGCUCCUCGUGCCGCUGCUCGUGCUGGCCCUGGCCAGCUACCGCCGCCUGUGCCUGCGCCUCCGCCUGGCCGACUGCCUCGUGCCCUACAGCCGAGCCCUGUACCGGCGCCGGCGCGCCCCGCAGCUGCGGCAGACCCGGGCCUCGCCGGGCACCCAGGCCGGCUCCACGUCAGGAAAGGUCUGGGUCUGAGGAUCCUCUCGAGUCAAAAGCCACCCCGACGACCCCCCCCCCCUCCGUCUCUCAGUCGGCCCGAGAACUUGAAGCCCGGGGGUCGCCCGACCUACCCCGCCCCCACCCCAGCCUAAGCCGGGGCCCAGCAUCCCUUCGAAGAACCGCUGAGCAUCUACGGAUCCAAAGCUGGCGGAAAUCCGCCACACCCCGGAAAACCCACGUUCCUCCUGCUACCUAGAUCCGAAUCCUGAACAUCUGGGCUGGACCCUACACACUCUCCACCACUCCACCCUUCCCUUCCCCCGCCCCCGUCGUUGGGACCACUCAGCCUCGUGUCCUCUUCUGGUGCAGCUCCUCUAGUAUUUACGGGCUUGGGGGGCGAGGUUGGAGGGGAAGGAGUGACCACACAUCAAAUAAAGAGUGAACUGAAUGCGUUCCCGGGAUCCUGUGAACAGAGAGAUGGCACACGUCCUGUCACUCCUGCCCGGUGCCCAUAGGCAGGAAACAAUACGGGGUGGGGGGCGGGGGCUCCAGAGCGCAUCCUUCAGCCUCCCGCCUUCCCUUAUCGCAUUAGCCCGUUCUUCCUGGCUAGACCCCAGAGUCAACCUCCCCCUCAAUAGAGGCCUCUGCUGCCUGCCCUGCUCCCCCCUGGGGACCCGAGCCCGUUCUCUGACCCCAGCUUGGAGGAACUCGGUGUUGCCAGGCCGGGGAGGGAAACAAUGGGCCUUCCGGAGCAGGAUGACACCCCCUCCAGCCACAAUUCUGGAGCAGCAGCGUGGGAGGGAAGAUGGAGGGG